UCCCACCCGAGCUGUGACGCAGCCACGGUGGCUGCUGGGAUCGCAGGCGGUGGAGGUCAGAGAAACUCCAAAAUGUCGGUUGCCAGUUUCACGUCCUUGAGCCGCUGUGGUGUUUUGGCGUUCCGCUCCCCCGCAGGACUGGUGGCGGUGCGGUAUGCCCAGACAGCAGCGGCUCCAGCAGCUCAGCCCAGAGUAAAGAAGUUCCAGGUGUACAGAUGGGACCCAGACACUCCAGGAGACAAACCCCGCAUGCAGACCUACGAAAUCGACCUCAACACUUGCGGCCCAAUGGUUCUUGAUGCUCUGAUCAAGAUCAAAAAUGAGAUGGACUCCACCCUGACCUUCCGCCGCUCCUGCAGGGAAGGUAUUUGUGGAUCCUGUGCAAUGAACAUUAAUGGAGGAAACACUCUUGCCUGUCUCAACAAGAUUGACACCAACCUCAGCAAGCCAACCAAGAUUUACCCUCUGCCACAUAUGUAUGUGGUCAAGGACCUGGUACCUGACAUGAGUAACUUCUACGCCCAGUACAAGUCUAUUGAACCCUACCUGAAGAAGAAGGAUGAGGCAAAUGAAGGAAAGGAGCAGUACCUGCAGACUGUGGAGGACAGACAGAAACUGGACGGGCUGUAUGAAUGUAUCCUGUGCGCCUGCUGCAGUACGAGCUGCCCCAGCUACUGGUGGAACGGAGACAAAUACCUCGGGCCUGCUGUGCUCAUGCAGGCGUACCGUUGGAUGAUCGACUCUCGAGAUGAAUUCACAGAGGAGCGUCUGUCCAAGCUGCAGGAUCCUUUCUCCCUCUACCGCUGCCACACUAUCAUGAACUGCACCAAGACCUGCCCCAAGGGCCUGAACCCAGGGAAGGCGAUAGCUGAGAUCAAGAAGAUGAUGGCCACAUACAAGGAGAAGAAGGCAGCUGCUGUCUGAGACCUGAGUGGUCCUCUUGAUCAAUGUUUCCCUCCAUGAUAAAAUUAUAUAUUGAUUACAAGAAAAAUGCUUUUUGAGGUCUGAAGGGCCAGAACACCUGUUAGCUCCACCAGCACCACCACCACUCCCUGCAGACUGCCCUCAACUGUAAUGGAAGUGUGUGUAUGUGUGUGUGUGUGGAGGACUUGGUGUUACAUAAACGCACAUGUACAGUAUGAAUGCUCGAGUGUGUGUGUGUCUAAGUCUUACAUGUACCAUAACAGACGUAUUUAUCUUCAGCGCUACUGUGUGAAUGUUUGUGCACUUGGGAGACAAGAUGCUGCAUUUUAAAGUCAAAAGGUGCGUAAACAUUUUUUAGCUUGUUGCAUUUCAGGUCAGCAGUUGCUUACAUACAGUAUCUAUGUUCCCUCAGAUCAUUCAACAUACCAACAGCAGUCUUUGUUUUGAUGGAAAAUAAAUAGUUGAAAUGCC